UUGUACGGACUAGUCAACUGUUUUUAUCAGCAAAAAAUUCUUCCUGUAGAACGUAAUGACGGGAGUGCUAGCAACAAAGCUAUGUAACCGGAUCCGACCAACCCCCUUGCAUACAGUCAUUCAUGUUUGUUUAGUCCUUUGUGAAUGUUUUCCCAGCAAUAUUUACCUAGUUCGUACAAGAGAGGUCGUCGCCAUUUGCAGUGUGCUAUGUUAUCAGUGCCACAGUAGUAACCUGGAAUUCCUCGGGGUGUGUUACCUCGCGUUACUACGCAAUUUCGCCCUUAAGUGGAAAGGUACUACCUCAAGUGCCGCCCAGGACACACGAGCAGUUGUUCUAAGAUGUCUACAGUUCAACUACACGUCGUUCAAAGACAACAUUUCGGUCUUAAGAAGUGAGGUGAGUAUCCGGACCGUGCCUGUUACUACCCACUGUGUUGACGAUACACGCGUCUCGGUAGAUGAGGACGUGAACACCACCCAAGAAGCGACGCUAAAGACACGAUGUCCUACCGAAGACACCUCCGUCUGAGACUUGAAAAUGAUCCGAAGAACGGGGGAAGGAAGAAGCUCAAGCUGGUCGGGAAGGAUUUGUCUGGGGGCCUCCCCUAUGACCUGUUCGAUCUCUCUGAGCUCGAAGUUCUUGAGCUGAGCCCAGAGCGCCAGUCAUGCUUGUUGUACCGACUGGAGAAACUACCGAAGGAGAUCGGUCGGCUGGUGAACCUCAAAGUGCUAAUGCUAGACACAAACGAGCUGAGAGAACUACCGGCCGAACUGAGCAACCUGCGACACCUUGAGCGUCUUGCUCUCAGUAACAACAGGUUGAAGACCCUACCCCAGGACUUCUCCGACCUCAAGAGCCUCCAAAGCCUCCACCUUGUUAACAAUCAAUUUGAGGAGUUCCCCCUUGAAGUCUGCUACCUUGAAUGUCUUACCUUCCUGGACGUAAGCGACAACAAGUUGACAAGUUUACCCGAAGAAAUAUCUUACAUGGGGAGACUGGAAACUUUCCUCCUGUUCUUCAACGAGUUAAGGAGUCUACCAGACCGUAUUUGUAAAAUGAAGACUCUGAAAACAUUGUGGCUUGGGAAAAACAAGCUGACGACGUUGCCGAAACAUUUCGGACGCCUGAAAGACCUGGACUGGGGCUACCGGCAGCACUCCUCUAACAUUGACGGGAACCCACUCCGCAAGCCCCCGCUGGAGGUCUGCAGGAGGGGUCCGAUGGACAUUGCUAGGUAUUUUGCGAUGAAGGAAGGGUGGAAAGACGGUGACCCGGACUCAGACUACGAAGAAACCCAAGAGAGAGAUCAAGAAGAAGACGAGAGAAAGGCCGUGAGGCACACGCACAACGGACACGUUUAAACUGUGAUCACGUCGUCAUCAGCAACAACGCUACCCACAAGACCUACGUUUUCAUACCACAGUAUUUGAUAGACUAUAAAUGAUUUAGAUAUGACGUUAUAACGACUUGUGUUCGUUGGUGAACCUGUGAUGAACUUGGAAUAACAAGUUUGUGCCAAGAGGGGGUCGAAUACAUUUGUUUAUAUAUAGACAGUAGGGAUCUUUCGGGGUGAAGAUGUGCAACUUGGAAACUUUUGUAUUGAAUUGUUGGUUAAGUCAAAGUCAACAUGUAAGAAAAAUUAAUUGCAAUAGAGUGUUUUUUCUUCUUCUCAUUUGCCGCACCGCUAUUUAAAGCCGCAUAAUUUAUAACUGUAAAUGCAAAACAAUACAGGGUUGCAUUACCGGGCAGUAACUUUUUUCUAUGCUCGUGCUGGGUAUGGUGUUUCCAUUUGAAAUCUUAUAGUCACUAUAACUGAAUCCGGCCAUGUAACGCCAUUAUAGUUGUCACAUCAUCCGACAGCGGCGAUUGUCCUGUGGAGAGCAGUCAAACACGGCCCAUUCUAACAGGUGUUUUUGUGCCCUCGUUCUCCUUUAUUGUGAUCGAUAGCCCGAAACUGUUUGGUGUAGAUCGGACCGGUCACCCUUCGUGGCACCGAUGUGCAAAUACGGCUCCAGGCAACACCAACGUUAUGUUAUAUGAAAUCACUAGGGCAACACCAGGGCGGUGUGGAAUAAAGUGGCAAUGGAGUAUAACAA